GUCAGAUAAUUGGGGGAGAAGGAAUGCUUGCUGGUUACAGAGUGAGUCAAAGACUUGUCUAUUAUAUUGUAUUGUGACCUUUUAAUAAUUUCUUAAAGGAGCUAUUUCCUGCAUAUCAGAUGGUACUUAGAAGUUAUUUUUAAGCUGUGCAGUUUGGGCCUUUUUCCUGCUAAAUUAUGUACAAUGGUUUGAAUCCAAAAUACUUCUAAUAUGAAUAUCCAUGUUCCAUCCCACAUGGGAAUGUGAACAAUGCCGGAUGGGUACUGGGUUACAUUUGGAUCAUAACUAGUUCGAGUGCUCCCCCAGAAGUGUCUGGCAGUGCAUUUCUCUCAUUUAAACUGCAAGUGUGUUUUUGAGAGUUUGCUAACUGUCUCUGAAUUAUAAUUUGCCUUAUUUUUUUUCUUUCACUGAUAAAGGUAAACCUGCUCUUUAACUUAUAAAGAAGCCAUCAAUUAAUACUUCUGGUAUCCUUCAGUAACCUUUUUCUGCCUUGCUUUUGCAUUUCACCUGAAGAGAUGCUUCAGGCUAUAAAUGUGACUACCAAACCCCCAGUAUUUUUAUCUGGUUUGAUUUUGUUGGGGUUUUUUUUCACUGUAGUAGAAAUGAUGUAGGUGGGUGUAUCUUCAUAAUGUGCUGUUCUACUGGUUUAUUAAGGUAAUUUAAUCAGGAUUACUACAUCAUUUGAUUCUAAAUGAUCUGAACUUGCAAAGCAGAGGACCUUGUCCAUUCAUGCUUCUUUCUGACAAUUAACUCACUUAAAAAGGAAACUCAGAGGAGCUAUGAGUGGGCCUAAUAACAAAUGUGAAUAUUCCCACUGGGAAAAGAGCCCCACUUUGUCCUGUUGUUACCUAUUCCUGCUGUGUUGCAGUUAACAAACAGUAAAUUGUUUCGGUAAAUUCCUCCAGGAACAAAUAUCUGUUAAAAGUGUAAACUUAAAGGAAGUGUGGAACUUGACCAGAAUGCAGAGAAGAGUUUCAGAAAGAUUAAAAAAAAGGUGCAUUUCAUUAAUGUUUAAGUAGCUAUUAGCAUUUUUAUUAGAGCUAAAGCUUAUCCCUAGUAUCUUAUGGAUAUGCUCCAGGGAGAAAAAAAACUCCAACUUAUCUCGAGUGUUUACAUUAUUAAAUUAGCAUGUCUUGAUUAGUAUGCCUUUCAGGUUUUAUUUUUACAGUGAUUAAAUAUGCCGUUUUCAGGCUGCUACUGGGCCAAGUUCUGGCUAUUCUAGUUUUAUAGCUCUAAACUCACAAUAUUUGUAUACUUUCCUGUGCUGCAACUAUGGAAUUUCCAAAACUCUUAAUUGUUUUGCUUCAGCAGGUGAUUGGUAGAAGAGCAAGACCUCCUCUUGACAAUGUCAAGGAGAAAGCUGGAGAAUAAAAGCCUUUCUGGCUUGUUGGCCACAUCUCUGCACACACCAAUCAAGACAGAUAACUUCCACAAUUUUUAUAUGCUGGAAUCAAAAGAGCUAGGAAGAGGAAGAUGUGCUGUGGUUAGAAAAUGUGUAGCUAAAUCGACAGGCCAAGAGUAUGCAGCUAAAUUUUUAAAGAAAAGAAGAAGAGGUCAAGACUGCAAAGCAGAGAUUCUGCAUGAAAUUGCUGUCCUUGAAUUAAUGAAAUCCAAUCCUCGCAUAGUAAAUCUGCAUGAAGUCUAUGAAACAGUAAAUGAAAUCAUCUUAGUGUUGGAAUAUGCUGCUGGAGGAGAAAUAUUUGACUUGUGUGUCCCAGAUCUGGAUGACAGAAUUGGUGAAAGGGAUAUUGUAAGGCUUAUAAGGCAAAUACUUGAAGGACUUUGCUGCUUGCACGAGAACAAUAUUGUUCAUCUUGAUUUAAAGCCUCAAAAUAUUUUGCUGAGCAGCGUCAAUCCUCUUGGUGAUGUAAAAAUUGUAGAUUUUGGGAUGUCCCGGAAGCUUGAGAAUUGCAAUGAACUGCGGCACAUCAUGGGAACAACAGAGUAUCUCGCUCCAGAAAUCUUGAACUAUGAUCCUAUUACCACAGCUACAGACAUGUGGAACAUCGGUGUCAUCUCGUACAUGCUACUGACACAAGAAUCUCCAUUCGUGGGAGCUGAUACUCAAGAAACUUACCUUAAUAUAUCUCAAGUUAACGUGGAUUAUUCAGAAGAAACAUUUUCAUCGGUUUCACAGCCUGCAAAAGACUUCAUUCAAAAACUUCUCAUAAAAAAUCCAGAGGACAGGCCCACUGCAGCAGACUGUCUCUCCCAUUCGUGGUUGCAGCAAGGGGAGCUCACGCUCCUGUGCAGCCCUGAAGAAAUCUGCUGCUCCUCUCAGCUGCCAGGACACACAGGCAAGUGCUCAGAAGAGCGGAGUGCAAAGCCCAGCUGCAAUGGCAGUGACAAGGAGGACAAGGAGAACAUUCCAGAGGACAGCAGCACGCUCUCCAAACGCUUCCGCUUUGACGAUUCGUUGCAGUAUCCCCAAGACUUCAUGACAGACUUUGUGUGCUAAUGUGUCAUACAGACUUUCCAUGAAAUUAAUUCAACAUAAUCUGUUCCAGUGGUGAAAAAAGGGUUCUGGCUUGCCAGUUCGUGCAAAUCAUUGGCAUACUGGAAAUGCACUUUGAUUCUUUUAUGCUGGUGCCUCCUUUUCUAUCCAUUGCUGGCAGUGGAUUUAACUCCUGAGGAAUUGGAGUUGUUGCGCCAAUAAAAUUAAUUAUUUUUUUUAAGAAGAUAUAAUUAAAUAUUUUUUGCACUUUUCAAGUUCUAGUCAAAAGAUGAUGCUAGAGUGAACAAACUGAAACCUGCAAAUGAGUUUAAACAUAGCCUUUGCCAAACAGUAGUUGAACACAUGCAUGCUUUUAGGACUACCCAUAGUAAGAAACCGGGAAGGGAAGCAGGGAAGCUGAAUCCUGCUGGUUUUCUGAAGUUGUUUGCUACCAUUUUCAACACUUUAAAUAGAGGCUAAAUUUUGUAUGUUUUGGGACUAUGGUACAUCUGUUGGGGCCAUUUGGAAACCUGUUUUCCCUCUAGGAUCACUAGUAGUUCUACCUUAUAGGUCUGGUCCACUUGGGCAUUAUUAUGCAUAUCCUGUGUAGUUAUGCUGUGUUGGAUCUCUGCAACACUUGGCAUAGAAAACAAGUAGAUUGUCAGUCCUUGGGCUUGUGGUCCUUGGAUUCUUACCAUAAAUUACAUUUGAAGAUGAGGUUCCUAUGCUGAUGAGAAUAUUUGAACUUGGUGGUUUGCUUUUAUCAAACCUCUGAAAUAGUAUAAUCUACCUGUAUUGAUUUUUCUCUUAUCUUAAAAAAAAAAAACAAAAACAAAAAAAACCCACAAAAACAAGCCACAAAACAGAAAGCCUCUAGGUAAAAGUUGUAGAACUGCGAAAACUGAAAAUAACCAUUUUUACCAGUGAAACUGCAAUUAACAACUUUUCUCUGUUCCCCUCUAAGUAGUAGUGCAUCUUGCUGUCAAUUACUGUUGCCCUUAAUUGCUCAGCUUUGUGCCUGCUCUGAGAAAUGGACUGCAGUGUGUUGGUAUUUAAAGACAAAGAACCUAAUUAUUGUUUUAAGCCUUUAAAAUUGGUUUAGUUCGUGGUAUUUUUUAAUGUUCUGUGCCUUCCACUUGUUUCUGGCUCUGAGGUAAUAAUGCCUGUGUCAAGUUUUGUCUUAGAGCAAAUGCCAGCUGUGCCUUAACAGCCUGAAACUGAUGUUCAUAAAAUAAGCCCUUUAAUCAUAACAGAGGCUGGGAGCCUUUUUGGGCAGUGAAUUUAUUAAAACUCUUACAGAUAUUUUGAAAGUAAAUGCCAUUUUAAAAUAUUUUGGGAUUUUCCAGUCCUCAAAGCUUAAAUUUUAUUGUCUUUGAAUUGGAAUUGUUUUCUGUAAUAAAAUACCACAAUCUGAUAAUCUUUUUUAAAUGUGCCUGUGGAUUUUUCAAUAGUUGUGCAGUUUGGCAUUUUGGAAUAUGAUUGAGAGGUGAACCUGAUGAGUGGUAAAAGGUUGUGAUUUUUCUUUCUUCACACCAGGACAGAGCAGGUUUUUCCCAAACAGGUUUCAGUAUAAGGUGUCACCAUAAUGCAUGGGUGGAUUCAGGGCUGUUGUCUUGGUUUGGGGGGAUGCUCACAUGGACAAGUGAAAAGCAGACUGAGGUGUAAGGCAUGUCAAAUUUUUCAGCUUGUGGUUGUCAGAAGUUCUCCAAAACUUAAUUUCAUGUGAAAUGAAGUAACAGGUUUGUUCAGCAGAGACCAAGCUCUGAUAGCUGGGUGUGAGUGAACCACACCAGAUCUCCUCUGUGUAUUAAUUCUCAUGGAGCUUUUUUCAGUGGUACUGAUAGUAUAUGUAGUUACGGGAUUACUUUGCAGAAGGCAGCUGUUGGAUUGUGCUCAGGUACUUUACACCUUUUACUAUUCAAAAUCCUUGGCUUUUCCCAGUUGGAGUCUUACCUGACCUUUUGAUUUUUUUUCCACCAUCAUGGACUCCAGUUUGAACUGGGUAAGGUAAAAACACAAAUUAUUUGAUACAUAUGUAGAAGUUAAAGUUCACUUAAGAUAAAGGAGAAAAUGCCAAAAAGCUGUGUAGAUAAAGGUAAAAAAGAAUGUUUAAAAAAAUGGUUAUAACUUAAAAUUCUGCCAAAAUACUCCUGAAUGGAAAUUACAAUUAUCUUUUAGCAUCUGGAAAAUAAAUCUGAUAGCAUAUGCCAGCACUUUAUGAAAAAGCUGUUAUUCCUUAGGAUUUUAUCACAGUAUCUGAUGUUUACAUUUCUUACUACUUUAGAGCUAACUUAUCUUUAAAUAAUUGAACAUUGGUUUUAUCCAAAGAAUUUAAGUUUUGAAUACUUUAUUUGUAUUUUAUAUAUACUUAAAAUAUACCUUGAAUCAGACUUUGUUUGGGUAAGUGCAUUGGAUUUAUUUUAAAAUAUUGUUGUACAAAUUAACUCCAAUUGAAUGUAAAUCCCUACAUUGUAGGCAACUGUUAGUCUGUUUUGCUUCCUGCCAUAUUUCUGGGACUUUCCAAGUGUGCAGGAAUGUUGAGUAACGUUUUCAGAUGACUGAAGUCAUACUUCUAUGCAGUUCAUGACAUUUUUAUAUUAAAGAAAAAUAAACUUUGCCAUUUUUUCAGAA